UCUUUAGUGUGUUUGUUGUUUUAUGGAGGGGUUAGAUGCGGUCCAGAUUGCUGUUGCCAAUAGAGACAGUCUCAGUCCACCUCUCCAUUCAUAAACAAAUCAGUCCAGCUCAGGACCUCUCAGCUGCUACCGAGCGACAACAAGCUGAAUUCUGAUCUGUAUUUUGGAGUUUUCUCCCUCUCUCUUUUCUCUUCCCUCUUUUGCUUUUCGCUCAACUCCCCCCCCCCUCACAUUUCCCUCCCUCCUCUCCCUCUCCAACUCUCUCUUACUCUAGCUUCAACAGAGCCGGACCACUGACACUCUCCUCUUUGUGAAUGUGUCAGGGAAGCGGUGUGCGUGUGUGUUCAUGUCUCCACUUCUCUUAAAAACUUAAAGCAGUUUUCAGGAGCGGUGGGCAGACUUUUUUUCACAGUGUGAGAGAGGGACAGGGAGAGGAGACCCCCAUUGUGCUGUGAUUUGACUAAACAAACAGCCCAGCUCAGAGCGGUACCUCCUCCAGUGGACUCCGGGGACAGCAGAGAUUAACCUCAGACUCUGAACAUCUGAGGGAUCUAUACAUCUGAAGAGGCAGCCCCUGUAGGGACGACCAGCUGGAAGUCUGUCCUCUGGUCUCAGAAGUAGGAGAGCAACCGCUCGGACGGAGAGGGAAGACUUGGUCAGGCUUCUAGGAUCGCUGUGAAGGCAGAACAAAGUUAUUUGAAGGCCUCCAGUAUGAGGAGGGUGGCACCAUCCACACAUCAUUUGACCGUCACAGUCACAGCUCUGCUGUAUCUCUGCACCAAGCUGAGCUGUGUGGAGAUCACCCCGGAUGAGAGAGAGAUCAUCCUGGCCCUGGGAUCCUCUCUAACCCUUACCUGCUCCGGCUCAGGAGAGACCACCUGGGACUUCAAGAGGGAAGACGUGCCAUACUUCCAGGGGGAACAGGUUCAAAACGGCGUUCAGAGCUAUGACAUCGAACAAAGCAGCAUCACAACCAGUGUGUUGACUUUGUGGAAUGUGAGCUGGAAGCAUACUGGGGUGUAUCUGUGCAAUGAUCGACACAGUGGGGAUAUUAAGGAGGUGUCUAUUUUUGUCCCAGACCCUGAUGUUUGGUUCAUAGAAAGCUCACAUGGCAUGGUUACAAAGACUAGUGAGGAAAGCAUCAUCCCCUGUGUGGUCACCGAUCCCAACAUCAAUGUCACCCUGUACGAGAAGGACAGUGAUGUGCCCAUCAAGGGGCUCUAUGUUCCAAGUGAGGGGUACAAGGCACCGCUGGAGGACAGGACCUAUGUGUGUCGCGGAGAGAUGAAGGGGGACGUGAAAGAGUCUCAGUUUUUCUACGUCUUCAGCAUCGUUGUCCCAGAGGCCAUCGACGCCUACGUCAACGCGUCAAAGACGGUGCUGAGGCAGGGGGAGCCGCUGACUGUAAACUGCACGGUGCAGGGAGUGGAGCUGGUGUUCUUUUCCUGGGAGAUCCCCAACGGAGAGGACAAUGAGGUGGCGCCACUGACAGACGUGUUGUCCGCUAUGAACAUGCGCUCCUGCCUGAUCUUCCCUCAGGCCACAGUGACCCACAGUGGAAACUACGUCUGCCAUGUUCACGAGGGUGUCCAAGACCAGACGGCCUCUGCCAGCAUCAACAUCACUGUGCUGGAGCGAGGCUUUGUGGAUUUGAGGCCUGCUCAGAAACAAAAUACUUCAGCCAAACUCCAGGAGAACGUGGAGCUGAGAGUCGAGAUCGAGGCCUACCCUCCCCCUGAGGUCCGCUGGAGCAAAGACGGCGCCACCAUCAAGGGUGACAAAACCAUCACAACCAGACAGGAGCAUGAGAUCAGGUAUGUCACUGUUCUCACCUUGGUGAGGGUGAGGACUGAGCAGAAGGGCCUCUACACAGCCCAUGUUACAAAUGGGGAUGACACAAAGGAAGUGACCUUUGACCUGGAGGUCAGGGUUCCAUCUCAGAUUAAAGACCUGACAGACCAUCACCUCCCUGGGAAGAAACACUUGGUGACUUGUGUCGCUGAGGGGGUCCCAACCCCGAGCAUACAGUGGUACAGCUGUGACAGCAUGCUCAAGUGUAACAACCAAACAGCAGCGUGGCAGCCGCUUAAACCACAGCCUGAGCUGCUGAGCAUCCGGACUAAUGUAAGCUACAGCCAGACUCGUAAAACCAGCCAGGUGAAGAGCCAGCUGACCUUCCACAAGCCGCAGCAGGUCACAGUACGCUGUGAGACCAGCAACCAGGCUGGACUCAUCGACAGAAGAGACGUCAAACUGGUGUCCAGCACGCUGUUCUCCCAGGUGGCAGUGUUGGCUGCUGUUCUAGCCUUAGUGGUCAUCAUUAUCAUGUCCAUCAUCAUCCUCAUCGCUGUAUGGAGGAAGAAGCCUCGCUAUGAGAUCAGAUGGAAGGUGAUAGAGUCUGUGAGCCAGGACGGUCAUGAGUACAUCUAUGUCGACCCCAUCCACCUGCCCUAUGACCUUGCCUGGGAAAUGUCUCGAGACAACCUGGUGCUGGGUCGCACACUUGGAUCAGGAGCUUUUGGCAGGGUGGUUGAGGCAACUGCGUACGGUCUCGCUCAUUCCCAGUCCAGCACAAAAGUGGCCGUCAAGAUGUUAAAAUCUACAGCCAGGAGGAGCGAGACUCAGGCCCUGAUGUCAGAGCUAAAGAUCAUGAGUCACCUAGGCCCUCACCUCAACAUUGUAAACCUGCUGGGAGCUUGCACCAAACACGGGCCUCUGUUUCUGGUGACUGAGUACUGCCGCUAUGGUGACCUUGUGGACUACUUGCAUAGGAACAAGCACACCCUCUUGCAGUACUACGCUGAGAAGAACCAAGAUGACGGUUGCCUCAUCUCUAGAGGAAGUACGCCGCUCAGCCAGAGGAAAGGCUAUGUGUCAUUCGGAAGCGAGAGUGAUGGAGGUUACAUGGACAUGAGCAAAGACGAGCCCUCGCUCUACGUGCCCAUGCAAGAGCACAUAGACUCCAUCAAGUAUGCAGACAUCCAGCCCUCUCCAUAUGAGUCUCCCUACCAGCAGGACAUCUAUCAGGAACAAGGUGGCAACAGACUGGACCUGGUGAUCAGUGACUCUGCCAUCCUCACAAACGACGACCUGUUGGGCUUCAGCUACCAAGUGGCAAAGGGGAUGGAGUUCCUUGCCUCCAAAAACUGUGUUCAUCGGGAUCUUGCUGCCAGGAAUGUGUUGAUCUGUGAGGGCAAACUGGUGAAGAUCUGUGACUUCGGCUUGGCCAGAGACAUUAUGCAUGACUCCAACUACAUCUCUAAAGGCAGCACCUUUCUGCCUCUGAAGUGGAUGGCCCCAGAGAGUAUUUUCCAUAAUUUGUACACCACACUCAGUGAUGUGUGGUCAUACGGCAUUCUUCUUUGGGAGAUUUUCACACUGGGAGGAACCCCCUACCCUGAUCUACCCAUGAAUGAGUUGUUCUACAGCGCUUUGAAGAGAGGCUAUCGGAUGGCAAAACCCGCCCACGCCUCUGAUGAAGUUUAUGAGAUCAUGAAGAAGUGCUGGGAUGAGAAGUUCGAGAAGAGGCCUGAGUUCUCCUUUCUGGUGCACACUGUGGGGAACAUGCUGACAGACAGCUAUAAAAAGAGAUACAACCAAGUCAAUGACAACUUCUUGAAGAGUAACCACCCAGCAGUGGCCCGCACCAAACCCAGACUCUCCUCCCCCUUUCCCAUUGCCAACCCAGCGUUUGGCUCCCCAUCUCCUGUCACCCUCUUGUUCCCUCCGGACCCCUACAACCAGAGUUCGAUCCCCGGAGAAUUCAGACAAGAGGCAGACACACAGGAAGUCAUUACUUCAUACAACGAGUACAUCAUUCCCAUCCCGGACCCAAAACCAGACGACGUUUUCACCGACAUCCCGUCCGAAAGCCCUGCAAGCUCUGUGGCUCUGGAGGAGGAGGAGACGGACUCCAUGUCACAGGACACGGCCGAGACUCUUCCAGAGGAGGACCGGCUGGAGGAGACCAGCGAGAGAGACGCUCUGCUGGGUGCCUCAGGGACGCCUGAAGUAGAAGACAGCUUCCUGUAGCCACAUGUAAGAACGCUGAGAAAACAGAGCUUCUGUCUGGGGAUUUUUUUUAAUAUUUUUUUUUUUUUUUUUUAAACAUGCCGGAAAAAGGGAACAUGACUAAACGACAAUGUAGCAAAAAGAAAUGAGACUGAGAAGGCGAUCGUUGUGCGUCCACUAAGCAUCAGUUUUUGUAUUACACGUAGUGCCUCUGAAGACUACAAAAUGGUUUGAAUAAUGAGCCUGAUGUUUUCAUUUAUUGAUCGGAAGCCUAACACACCUUAAAUACGGUACUCUCUUUACCAAUGUUCUUGUAGAAUCAGUUUACAGUAAGAAAUGAUGCAUUCACUGUAGCCAAGGAUUAACGUGGCCUUAUGAAGUUCAGCCAUAUGUUCCCCUUUUGGCCUUUUAUGUCUGCAGCAAGUUUAGAUUUCUUAGAAAAGCAGGCUUUUGUUUUUGUUUUUGUUUAUGACCAUCAGUGUAUUAGUUUUGUAAACUAAGUGAUUUAUAUGAGUAACAAUCUGACCAGUUUCCAUAUUAGUAAGAAUCAGUAACAUGAUGACGUUAUCAUUAGGUAAACAUCUUUAGCAUCUGUCCUUGCCUUAAGUACGACCAACAUGUGUAUUGACUGUUUAAAAUCUUUUUGUAAAUAAUUCUUUCCAGAACAUGAGACACAGACUGACUCUACAUGCACUGUUUGACCAUAAGGAAUACUCUAAUGAAGGUUACAUUCGCUGCAGUGUCACUACUUUUCCAGGUCUUUUUCUGAGAGAAAUAUAUGAUACGUGUGUUUGUCCUCUGUGAAUUUUGAAUACGUGUUUGAUGUGGAUCUAUAUCGUAGUUCUGUGCCAGACUUGCACUUUAUUUAGGAAUAUGAUUUCAACUAACCUUUUGACUAAAAUGUGUGACUGUUACGACAAAUCAGUUUGUCCGACGACAGGUGACUCAGUCAAAGGAAAAAGAAUCAACACAGCAUAUCACUGCCUUAUGUCACAAGACGGCACACAUGAGUGCCUCUGUGUAAAGAAUGACAGAUUCUUUGUCCUGCAGCUAAUGUUUCAUGCUGAUACGAAGUGCUCGAAGAAACCCAGACAGCCAUGUGUUCAUAUAAAAUACAAUGCUUUUUGUCAUUGCACUUCGAGUCAUUGUACAACCUUUAUUUACACAGUGUAUUCAUUCUUUUAGUCCACCAUUUAAAACAGCACAUUGUAUUUUUCUGUAGCGAUUUAAAUGCACAAGAUCACUGCUCCACAAGCUAUGGUACCAAAGCUCUUCUUUGUAAUGUUUACAAAUGUAUUUUUUUAUAUGUGCCAUUAUAAAUAUAUAUAUGUUGUACAUGUGACAAUAAAGGUGUCAUAGAUCUGU